AUGGGGGAUGGUGAUGAUAGCAUGAGGGAUUUAAGAGCUUCAAAAAUGGAGAAUCUUUCUUUGGAGAUUGCAACAAACAUAUUUUCUAAGGACUUGUUGCAAAGGUUUAUGGGUAGUAGUAGCGAAUACGAUGCGGUGAAAGAGGAGGAUGAGGAGAUUGAGUUGAAUCUUGGGUUGUCAUUGGGGGGUAGAUUUGGUGUAGACAAGAGUUCUAAGAAGUUAGUGAGGUCAUCUUCUAUAGCUGAGUGUUUACCAGUGGUGAGAGAUGAUAAUGAUGCGGUGGCACCACCACCGGUCGCGUAUGACAGCCUGGUGAGGACCUCUUCAUUGCCAGUAGAGACGGAGGAGGAGUGGCGGAAGAGGAAGGAAUUACAGACCUUAAGACGAAUGGAGGCUAAGAGGAGAAGGUCAGAGAAGCAAAGGAUAUUGAAGGGUGAUAAAGAAAGCGGCUGCAGUGGUGGGGGAAAUAGUGGCAAUUUGAUUUUGGAGGAGAAGAGAGAAACUGAGGUGAAUUUGAGGGUUAAAUUGGAUAGAGAGACACUUUCUGCAGCCGGGAACAAAUGGGCGGGGCCGCCAGUCCGGCUGUCUUCGUGGACUGCUGCUGCUGCUAGACAGGCCCUUAUUGGAAGAGGGAUUGAUGCAACGGUGCCAAAAGGGAAGAGUGGUGGUGGGACGAAAGGGUCCGGGCAACCAAUGUCUCAAGGGUCAUUGGAGUCACAAGGGGGGAGCUCUUCAAGCAUGUCUGAAUUGGAGAGUAAACCUCUACAUGGUGGUGAUGAACCGAGUCCUGCCAGUGUCCAGUCCUUGCAAGAUCGAAAAGCAGGCUCUUCCAGGACAAAAGCAAGAGAAAACACUAUGGAGAAUCCAUCUAGGAGAUCUCAUAUCACAAGAAGUCGAGGUAAAGAGACGGGAACAAAUAUGAUGGAGGAUAUGCCAUGUGUGUUUACAAAAGGAGACGGCCCUAGUGGUAGAAGAGUGGACGGGAUACUAUACAAAUAUGGAAAAGGAGAAGAAGUGCGGAUAAUGUGUAUUUGUCAUGGCAGCUUCUUGUCACCAGCGGAGUUCGUCUUGCAUGCAGGAGGCAGUGAUGUGGAUCACCCUCUCAAGCAUAUUGUCGUGAACCCCAACUCUCUGUCCCUAUUGUAA